UCAAUAUCAAGCCAUUUUGUUGCACAAAACCUGCAAUAAGCGGACACUUCAAGGGCUUUUUCCUUUUGAAAGCUCAGCUCGGACUCCUUUAACAUCGUUCAGCGAUGUCGUUUUUAAGCUAAGUAGAUUAUUCCGGAUUGAUGCAUUGACUGACUGGACAUUGUGCUACGAGCAGUCUUUGAUCAUUCACUGUGUUACACUGUGUUAUAAAAGGGUUAAUGAUUAGCUAUUAUUGCUGAACCUGUUUAGAGAGGAUACCCUGUAUUGAGCGGACACUAGUGAGGGUCCCAAGGUGUCCGCUUAAUACCGGUUUCACCGUAAUUGAAAUUUUCACCUUAAGUCAGGGUUCGUCGAAUACUGGCUUUGGGGAAAAUUGGUGCGAUGCCUGGAACUAACAUGCAAAACUCGACUUCCGGUUGAUGUGUACUUUUGACGCCUGUUCGUGUCGCCCGCGGUGAGGCAAUCGCGAGCGUGUUCAUAAUGCCAGUGUUUCUUCGUUACUUUCAUUGCUUAAUUUUCUGAAGGGUACAAAUACCAUAAAUGAUGACACUCCAACUUAUUCCUUGUUCGAUUUUCCGUAAACAAUACCUACACUUACAAUCAAAGGAGAAGACAGCUGGAGAAGAGUGUCGGAGGUCUGCACCCGUCCGCCAUCCAGGAAAUUUCAGGUAAGCUAAAUUUGAGCUUAUUUGUGAAUUUGAAUCGGUCUCACUGAUUGUUCUGGCAUUUAUUGCAUUUCAUUUUCCCGUUGAUUUUAUAGGGGCUCAGUAGGAGGUCAGCUGACCGGGGGAUCAAUGUUUUACGUUGUAAGUUGUUUACCACGGCUUCGACACGGCUUCGACACGGCUUCACUGAUUCUUACGCAGCAAGAAGCGAAAGAGACUUCUAAGAGUGCUAGUUGAUUAAUACUGUUGACGAUAGUAGUCAGUCCCAACUGUUAAUGUAGGAUUUUCCUGUUUUCUUUCCUCCUGAUGAGUAAACAAUUAAGUAAACAAUUUCGCAAUUGAACCGCACGUGGACAUGACAUGACAUGAUACUGGACCUCUCUCAAUGUACUUUCACCAUCGCCACGCUAGAUAUCGAUACCUGAUUGCUCUCGAGGGAAGCUCUCAUCUUGUAUUGUAGUGGAAACACGUUUCUAUCGAAAAGAAAGCUCGCAUUACGAGGGAAAUCUAAAGGCCGACGGGUCGGUUUAUGCUUUAUGUCCGCUGCACCAUGUCUGACGUCAUUUUGAGUGUAUUCACAAGACUGACAAUCGUCGCAACAGGAGUUGGAGUUUCUUCCUCUUCGUUAGAAAAUACUUCACCCAGUCAACGUGACAGGCAAUUUCCAGUUUUCCUUCAAGAACCACCAUUUAUACCCUAUUAUGUGACGCACAACAAAUCAGUUAACCUGACUUGGGUGGCAAUGAACGUCUGUAGAAUUCAAAUCAAGUGUAACGGCAAGAAAUUUAAAGAUAGACUCUUUAGAGUGUGUGGGAAGUCUUGUCGGAGCUGUAGAACAAGGACAAAGACUAAGAUAGUGACUGUUGCUGAUUUUCCGAAGGCUGUGAGGAAUAUAACGUGCAGGUGCAAAGUGUGGGGGAAGAAAGCUGUUCGACAGUCUGAUAUAAUACUUGUCGACAAAGCUUUUCUUCGCCGUAAUUUUGGCACAGUUCAGUUGUAUCACGUGGUACCUCCCAACUCAACUGUGGUCUUAAAAUGUAGGCCUCCAUACGGUUCACCUCGACCAAACAUCACGUGGUACAAGAUUGGCAAGCCAUCGCUUUUGCUUGGGCAUGAUGGCAGGCGUCGCAUCCGUUUGACUUCAAAGAAAAACUUAAUCAUCAAGCGCGUUCAGAUGGGGGACUCGGGCGAGUAUCAGUGUGUCGCGAGGAACAUGGCGGCAAGACGAGUAGGCCCGGUGAUCAAACUUGACGUUGGAGAGAACAUCUCCACCGCUGAUUGUCCAGUGCACCAGUGGUCGUGUACAGAUCAGUAUUCACCAGAGUGUCAAAAUGGAAGCAACCGAUCAUUAAUAUGUGGUAUGUACACAUACUGGUUUCACCAGCUUACCUACAUUUUAAAACGUUUCGCUAGUUUGACCAGUUUGACCAAGACCAUCUCCACCGCUGAUUGUCAAGAGCACCCAUGGCCGUGUACCAAUCUGUAUUCACCAGAGUGUCAAAGUGGAAGCAACCCAUCAUUAAACUGUGGCGUAAAUCCUUGUGAGAGAAGCAAUGGUGAAUGUGAACAUUUUUACGUAUACCUGCUGUUUCUGGGAAGAAGGAGAUGCUUUUGUGAAGGAAACUUUCGACUGAAUGAGAAUGGCAAAACUUGUGACAAACUGGACGAGAACAGAAACAAGUCAGGCCCAAAUACCCCAAUGGAUCCCUCCUUGGUAGUAGUAUUGGUAGUAUUGCUAGUUGCCAUCUUACAACUGGUGGUAUUAUUGGGCUUGGUCAUUUCCUUGUUCAAGAAACGCUGUCCUUGCCAAACGUUACAAGACCCACCGCGCAUGACAAGACGGUCGACAAAUCCUGACAGUAUGCAUGACGAUGACGACGAGUCGCUUGAACUCACUGACCAAACAGAGCUCGGGCGCGCGGACCCAGAUUCUAAUAACGAGUCAUCCCAUUUUAUUGGACAAGAUAGCGGCGAACCCUCAGGUUCAGUGCCAGCAUGUGGCGAUUCAUCAGUCGCAGUAAGCACGACUUUAUUUUUCCUUUACCACUACACUGUCUAACACGAGCUGAGAUGGUAGAUAGCCAACAAGGCGUGUAGCCCCGAGUUGGCUACAAUCAUCUUAUAUCCAACAAGCGCGAGUGGAAUAAUUGUUUUAUUAAA